AUGCUCAGCACCCUUGGGCUGGCCCUGCUGCUUCUGCUCAGCACCGUGGGCUCCAGCCAGGCCAGCAGCUUCACAGACAAAGGUCUGUCCUUACUGAGCUACCAGCUGUGCAACUAUAGUGUGACCCAAAAUGUCCAGAAAGUAGAGGCCGUCCGGAUGUCCCAUGUGACCUACGCCCCCUGCGGCGGGUGGAUCCCGUGGAGGCGGUGCCCCAAGACCAUUUAUAGGACCCGGUACCUGGCAGUGGACGUCCCCGAGUCCCGGAAUGUGACCGACUGCUGCGAGGGCUACGAGCAGCUGGGCCUCUACUGCGUCCUGCCCCUCAAUCGGUCCCAGGAGUUUGCAUCAAGGCCUGGGGUCUGCCCGAAGGUGGGGCAGGAAGUGUCCACCUCGCCCUGUACCCUGGACGCCGACUGCCCUGGACUUCAGAAAUGCUGCUCCGUGUCGUGGGGCCACCAAUGCAUGGCUCCCAUACCCCAAGCUCCAGAGGGGCCCUCGGCGAGUUCCUGGUACAACGUGACCGUCCUGGUGAAAAUGGACUUCGGGGAGCUCCGGCAGGUGGAUGCGGGCCUCCUGAACCACAUGCGGCUUCUGCACUCCAUGGUCACCAGUGCCCUGCAGCCGAUGGACGCCGCUGUCUACCACCUGCACUCAGCCUGUGGGGACACCUCGACCACAGUGUCGAGGCUGCUGCUGGGCCUGCCGAGGCCGGUGCCUGUGGCCAACGUCUCCGCGGUGUUGGACGGCAUCGUGAAGCGUGUCUAUGAAGUGAUCCACAUCCAGGUGCAAGACGUGAAUGAGUGCUUCUACGCGGAACUCCACGCCUGCUCGGAAAGGGAGCUGUGCUUAAACGCGGAGGGCUCGCACCAGUGCGUCCGCCGCCCAGAGGCGCCGGCCUCGUCUCCCCAGGAGCUGAAUCGCACGUGCGAAGAUGGUCCUCCCAUCACAGACUACAUGAUCCUCAAUGUCACCAGCAGCAGCUUUCAGGUGUCCUGGAGUUUAAAUUCCACCCAGAACCGCACCUUCCAUGUGCAGGUUUACAGGGGGCAGGAGCUGCUCAGGAGCACCAGGACCCAGGGGACGACCCUGGAGAUGACUGGGCUGGAGGCUGGAGUGCUGUAUCGGGUGAAGACCAGCUACCCGGCGUGUGGGACCAAUGUCACUGCCAUGCUGACCGUCAGAACCGAGGCCCGUGUGUUUGGCGUCACAGUGAGGAUCCUGAACCGCACGGUGACUGAGACGCUGCUGGACCGCAGCAGCCCUGAGUACCGGGACUUUUCCUCGCAGCUGCUUCACGAGGUCGGAAGCGCCUUCCCGCCCCCGGUGUCUGACUUGCACAAAAGGGGGAAGCUGAGGCUGCAGAUCGUGUCUCUCCAGGCCGGCAGCGUGGUCGUGAGGCUCAGGGUGACGGUGCAGGACCCCGAGUUCCCAGUGGGCAUCUCCACGCUGGCCCCCAUGCUCCCGAGGCUGUGGGCAAGCACGGCGUUCCAGAUUGACCAGAGGGGGACGCUAGUGCAAGACUGGGACGAGUGUGCAGACAGCUUGGAGCACGACUGCUCCCCGGCCGCCCAGUGCGUGAACCUCGAGGGCUCGUACACCUGCCGGUGCCUGACGACCAAGGACGCCAACCCCUCCCGCGCUGGCCGGGCCUGUGCAGGUGACGUAGUGAGCCCCACAGAAGAUGCGCUGUCCCAGACAACAGGGGUAACAGCCCCAGCUGUCAGCACAGAAACAACAGCCCUUGGCCUGGAGACCCCUGCCGUGUCACCCAGCCCCAGUCACCCAUGGGACACCUCUGCAGCAGGCCAGGUCCAGAGCCCAGGGCCCCCACCCAGGAGAGGGGACAGUGGCAUGGAUGGGCAGGACAGGAAUAGCACAAGGCAAGGCGUGGAUGACAAGGUGCCCAACAGCCUGUUGGACCCCCCUGUAUGGUCGCUGAGAAACUCCACUGCAGAGCCUCAAGUCCAGCCCACCGCUGCUGAGGACCCCAUGGGCCACUUGUGGCAUGCCAGCCUCCCCACGUGGGGCACUCUGCCAGCACCUCUGGACCCCACGUGGCCGCAGAACACAGACUCUGGACACCCCAGCUCUCCAGACCUGCCCUUGGCUUCCACCCCAGCAUCUCUGAAGACCCUGGCCUGUGUUCCCGCCCCCAUCAGAAGGGUCACGAUCUCCAACGUGACGAGCACCGGCUUUCAUGUGGCCUGGGUGGCAGAUCUCGCCCUGCACCCCACUUUCCAGCUCACCCUGAUGUCCACGCGGAGCCCCGCCAUGCACCUGGAGACCCAGAACGCAAGUCUGUGGCUGCAGGGCCUGGAGCCCGGUGUCCUGCACCUGGUUGAGAUAGUGGCCAAAGCAUGUGGGAAAGAAAGUGCCAAGGCACACCUGAAAGUGAGGACAGCCUCCCAGAAGCUCAGUGGGAAAGUCAGGAUAGCCAGCGUCAGGUAUUCCGAGUCCUUCCGCAACGCCAGCAGCAAGGAGUCCCAGGAGUUUCUGAAGCUCUUCUUGAGGAUGGUGCGGGAGUCCUUGUCACCCACCAUGCGUCAGCACCUGGAUACCGGUGGGGUCCAGGUGGAGGUGACCCGCAUCACCAAUGGCAGUGUCGUGGUGGAGUUUAACCUGCUGGUCGUCGCAGACUUGGAUGUCCAGGAGGUGUCUGCUGCAUUCCUUGCCGCCUUCCAGAACGCGUCCCUGCUGGAGGUGGCCAGAGGGGACGCCUUCGUAGGGGAUUACGAUGAGUGUGAGAGGAGAGAGGACGACUGUGAACCGGGCACAUCCUGUCGCAACACCCUCGGGUCUUUCGCUUGCAGCUGUGUGGGAGGUGCCCCCGGCUUCCCUGUAGAAUAUUCUGGAAGACCCUGUGAAGGUAACUCUUCUGGCAACACAAUCCAGGCCCCCGGGUCUUCUAUGGCCCCCGACCUGGGGCAGCCCCCCACCCCAGCAGAAACUAAGGCUGCGUCCCUGCAGGGGGACAGCCCUGCCCCCCAGAGCCCACCCCGGAGGCUGAACCUGACCGGAGCAGUCAGGGUGCUCUGCGAGAUCGAGAAGGUGGCCAUCGCCAUCGAGAGACGCUUCCUGCAGCAGGAGUCCAUCCCCGAGUCCUCCCUGUACUUGGGACACCCGGCCUGCAACGUGAGUGACAGCAACGGCACACACGUGUUCCUGGUGGCCGGAUGGAGCGAGUGCGGCACCCUUGUGCAAAGCAACAUGACGAAUACCGUGGUGAGGACCACGCUGAGGAACGACCUGUCCCCGGAGGGCAUCAUCCACCACCUGAAGAUCCUGAGCCCCAUCCACUGCGCCUUCCAGAAUGACCUCCUGACGUCAUCGGGCUACACCCCGGAGUGGGGGGUUUACACCAUCAUCGAGGACCUCCAUGGCGCUGGAAAUUUUGUCACAGAAAUGCAGUUAUUCAUUGGAGACUCUCCCAUACCUCAGAAUUAUAGUGUGUCUGCCAGCGACGACAUCAAGAUCGAAGUGGGGCUCUAUAAACAGAAGAGCAACCUCAAGGUGGUCCUGACCGAGUGCUGGGCAACGCCAUCCAGCAAUGCCAGGGACCCGGUCAUGUUCGGCUUCAUCAACAACAGCUGCCCCAUCCCCAACACACACACCAACGUGAUUGAGAACGGGGACUCCAACAGGGCCCAGUUUAAGCUGAAAAUAUUUUCCUUCAUCAACAACUCCAUAGUCUACCUGCACUGCAGACUCCGCAUCUGCAUGGAGACCCCCGGGGCCACGUGCAAAAUCAAUUGCAAUGAUUUUCGGUCGCUGAGAAGUGAUGAACCAUCUGAAACACACCAGAUGUCCUGGGGACCCCUCAUUCGGUCUAACGGUGAGUCUCCAGAUGUGAAGCCAGGCCUGGGACCCGGCUACAUCGCCCUCAUCGCGGUGGCUGUCCUUGCCGUGGUGGCCGGGGCGGCUGCCCUUCUCACUGUGCGCUACCAGAGAACGACCAGAAAGUACGACUUCAAGGCCCAGCCGGACAGCUUCGGCUACCAGGCGUUCCGCGGCUAG